AUGGGCGUGUCCCGUGGGCGUGUCCAGUGGGCGUGGCCAUUAAUGGGCGUGGCCAUCGAUGGGCGUGUCCCGUGGGCGUGUCCGGUGGGCGUGGCCAUUGAUGGGAAGGGGAAGACGACGCUGCUGAAGCACAUCGCCAACCGCGCCCUCAACAUCCCGCCCAACAUCGACGUGCUGCUCUGCGAGCAAGAGGUCCACGCAGACGACACGCCGGCCGUACACGCGGUGCUGCGGGCGGACACGCAGCGCCUGCGGCUGCUGGAGGAGGAGCGGCACCUGCAGCGGCUGCUGGACAGCGGCGACGACAGCGCCGCCCAGAGGCUGGAGAAGGUGUACGAGGAGCUGCGCGCCAUCGGCGCCGCCGCCGCCGAGGCCAAAGCGCGGCGGAUCCUGGCCGGGCUCGGCUUCACCCCCGAGAUGCAGAACCGGCCCACCAGGAAGUUCUCGGGGGGCUGGAGGAUGCGCGUGUCCCUGGCCAGGGCGCUGUUCCUGGAGCCGACGCUGCUGCUGCUGGACGAGCCCACGAACCACCUGGACCUGAACGCCGUCAUCUGGCUCAACAAAUUUACGAAGGUGGGGUUCUUUAACCAGCAGGCGGCCGAGCAGCUGCGCCUGGAGGAGACGGCGGCCGAGUUCCUGCAGCGCAGCUUCAACCUGGCGCACCAGGAGGCGCGGCGCUGCCUCGGCCGCUUCGGCCUCGAGGGCCACGCCCACACGCUGCAGAUGGCCAAGCUCUCGGGCGGCCAGAAGGCGCGCGUGGUGUUUGCCGAGCUGGCGUGCCGCCAGCCCGACGUGCUCAUCCUGGACGAGCCCACCAACAACCUGGACAUCGAGUCCAUCGACGCCUUGGCCGACGCCAUCAACGACUACAAAGGAGCGGUGAUCGUGGUGAGCCACGACGCGCGGCUGAUCACCGAGACCGGCUGCCAGCUGUGGGUGGUGGAGGAGCAGGGCCUGAGCCAGAUCGACGGCGACUUCCACGACUACAAACGCGAGGUGCUGGAGGCCCUGGGCGAGGUGGUGGCGGCGCGGCCGCGCGACUGACCCGCCCAGGGACCCGAGUGACCACAGUGACCGCCGGAGUGACCAGAGUGACCACAGAGACCCACGGAGUGACCACGGUGACCAUCAGUGACCACAGUGAUCAUCAGAGUGGCUGCGGUCACUGCGGUGACCACGGUGGCCACAGCGACCACCAGAGUGACCCCAGUGACCACUGCGGUGGCCACACUGGCUGCAGUGACCAUUGCACUGACCACAUUGGCCAUUGCACUGGCUGCAGUGACCACGGCAGUGACCACAGCGACCAUCAGAGUGACCGCAGUGACCAUCGCAGUGGCUGCACUGACCACAGUGACCACCAAAGUGGUCGCGGUCAUUGUGGUCAUUGCCAGAGUGACCGCGGUGACCUGAGUGACCAGAGUGACCAUCGCAGUGACCAUCGCAGUGGUUGUGGUCACCACAGUGACCAGAGUGACCAUCGCAGUGGUUGUGGUCACCACAGUGACCAGAGUGACCAUCAGAGUGACCAUCGCAGUGACCAUCGCAGUGGUUGUGGUCACCGCAGUGACCAUUGCAGUGACCGUCGCAGUGACCAUUGGAGUGACCAUCGCAGUGGUUGUGGUCACCGCAGUGACCAUUGCAGUGACCGUCGCAGUGACCAUCGCAGUGACCAUUGCAGUGGUUGUGGUCACCACAGUGACCAGAGUGACCAUGGCAGUGACCAUUGGAGUGGCUGCGGUCACUCUGGUGACCACGGGACAAGGGAAGGAAUAAAUGGUGGUGGAGCAA